AUGCGAGCACGAAGUAAUACAGCGGUGGAUGCUCGUCGACGUUUAGUUACAUUAGCAACUUGUUUACCUUGUCAAAAUGAACUUGCUUUUGAUCGUCAUCGAACAUCCUAUGUUUCCUGGUUAAAAAGGCACCAAGAUGACAUGAUUGUCACUCCAUUUGCUCAGUUACUUGCCAGUUUGAAGAAUGUACGAAAGAACUUUGUCGAUCUUACACAUAUACCUCCAGAAAGAGCGAAAAGGUCGAGUCAACAUAAUAGUGCUCAAGCCGCCUCCCCUAUUCUCAAUAAAGUGACAACGACAUCAACAGCCCCAGCCGCAGCAGCAGCAUCAACAACAACAGAUGAUAAUGCAUUAACACAGGCCAUAUCCACAUUAGACGAACUCGAUUGGUGUCUAGAACAAUUGGAAACGAUGCAAACACACAAAUCUGUUUCUGAUUUAGCCUCGCUCAAAUUUAAGCGUAUGCUCAAUAAAGAAUUAUCACAUUUUGCUGAGAAUAACAAAACCAGCGCACAAAUUAGUGAUUACCUCUAUUCAACUUAUACAGACAAGAAAGAGCCCGAUGUUGAUCUAUCUCAAGUAAUGUCAUCUUUACGUGGUCUUCCAUCCGAUGAAUUCAAUACAGUAAUAACAUCAAAAACCAUCGAUACAUCAAUGUCAUCGCCUACAUUGAUGGGACAAAUCACGGGUAUACAGACGACAACAACAGCAUUAACAACCAAAAGUCCUAUACCAGAGUUAGGAGUUGAUACAUCACAGCCCGAUGAAUUACGAGCCUUACUCGAACGUAUAAACGAUUGGGGCUUGGACACAUUUCGCAUCGAAGAAUUAAGUGGUCAACGACCGUUAACAGCAAUAACAUAUCGCAUUUUUCAAGACCGUUUGUUACUGAAGACCUAUGCGAUUGAACCUCAUACAUUAAUUUCAUAUUUGCUCACACUUGAAGACCAUUAUCAACAAGUACCAUAUCAUAAUAAAGCCCAUGGAGCUGAUGUUUGCCAGUCAAUGCAUGUCUUACUCAAUGCUUCGGCACUCGACGGCGUGUUCACCGAGCUGGAGAUCAUGUCGGCGAUAUUCGCAUCGGCAGUGCACGAUGUUGAUCAUCCCGGUGUAACAAAUCAAUUUCUAAUCAAUACUAAAAGUGAUCUAGCGAUAAUGUACAAUGAUGAGAGUGUCCUUGAAAAUCAUCAUUUAGCCGUUGCAUUUAAACUCCUCCAAGCUGAAGAGAGAAAUAUUUUCUCCCAUUUAUCAGCCAAACAAAUCAAAACAUUGAGAAAAAUGGUGAUCGAUAUGGUUUUAGCCACCGAUAUGUCUAAACAUAUGCAAUUACUAGCUGAUUUGAAAACGAUGGUUGAAUCAAAGAAAGUCACUGGAAAUAAUAUUAUUAUGUUAGAAUCAUAUGAUGAUCGAAUACAGGUGCUUCAAAAUAUGAUUCACUGUGCUGAUCUAUCUAAUCCAACAAAGCCAUUAGAUAUCUAUAUAAAAUGGACGGAUCGAAUCAUGGAAGAAUUCUGGAGGCAGGGUGAUAAAGAACGUGAUCUUGGAUUAGAAAUUUCUCCAAUGUGUGAUAGACGUGUAGCUAGUGUAGAAAAACAUCAGGUUGGUUUUAUCGAAUUCAUUGUACAUCCUCUAUGGGAAACGUGGGCUGAUUUAGUUUAUCCAGAUGCUAGUGCGAUUUUAGAAACUCUAGAGCAAAAUCGUGAUUGGUAUCAAGCUCGUCUUUCGUCUCCGUCACCAUCUUCGACAUCCGGAAAUCUCGAUAACUCCUCUAGUAACACGAAUAUUUCAUCCUCGUCUCCUCAACAAGAUACAAUUCAACCUAUAACAUCCUCAGCUCUAUCUUCGUCUCCAUCUCCAAUGUCGUGUGAUGUCUUGACAUCAACUUCAAGUAAUUCGACAAUAAUAAAUGCGAAUUCAGCCGGUGAUCAGCUCAUUCCCUCGUCUUUAACUCCUUCUUCUUUGACAACAUCCACUUCUCGGAUAUCGUCGCCAUCAUCAACAGCAACAGCAGCAGCAGGAACAUCGUCUGCAGCGAGUGGCAAUGGUGAAUUCCAAAUGACGGUGACACCAGCCACCUCCUAA